AUGCCCGCAUCGUUGCCCUGUGACACUGCGUUGACUGCUUUGACUGCUUUGUGUUGCCAGUCAUCCUACCUGCCACGGCCUCAAAAAAUUACCUCUAACGUCAUCGCAGACCCCUCCACCGACUCCAAAGACCAGAAGCGCGCAGAAGACUCGCAAUCGCUGCCUCCGCCGCCUCGCCCUGCUGCCUCUGGCGCCAGCGACACCCCCGACUACUUCAAUUCCGUCCACAACCCCUUUUCCCUCGAGCCUAAUCCCUUCGAGCAGUCGUUUGGCAACCCGUCGCCCGUGGAGACUCCCAACAAGUCGCUCCUACCGCCCGUCGCAUCCAUCGCCUCGCCUGCUCUGCCUGGUGCGAGCUCGGCUGGUUACAACUGGCCCAACUCGUUGCGAGCAGGGCCUUUGAGUCCUGCCAUGCUGGCCGGCCCGACCGGAUCCGAUUACUUUGACAGCAUCGGACGCGGCUUUCCAACGCCCAACGAGUCCUCGCUGAGGACAGGCCUGACUCCUGGUGGUGGGGGUUCCAUGUUCCCCGCCCCGAGUCCCAAUACUCAGAGUCUUCUCAACUCGCUGCAAAGCGGUGGCGCCACUCCUUCCACCCUCGAUUUCCAUCGCACAGCCGUCAGCGCUGCGAAGCGCAACGGCUUCAAUGUAAAUCCGACCAGCGAACCUGAGCAGCUCACCACCAUGGAUAACAAGACCUCGCAACCAGCUGCCGUUGACCCAUUCACCCACCACGACGCCGCCGACGCCGCCAACGGUCUCUUUAUGCUCGCCAAAGGCGGACAAGCGAAUAGCGACGCAUUCACAGUGCCGAACAAGACAUCAGACGAAGCCAAGCGGUCGACGCGAAACGCCAAUAAUUCUAUCAGCAGCGAGAUGACGGCCGACGGAUCCGACACUCAAGGCGAACUGACUAAGCCAGCUUCCAAAGCCAAGGGCAAGAAAAAUCCUCCCACUAAAUCGAAUGCAUCGGUAAACGGACGCCGUAAAGCUGAGGAUAUGCCCAAGGGCCCAAAUAAGAAAGCAAAGACGAAUAACGCGCCCUUCGAAGUUACUCCAGAAGAGGAGUCGGAUGAUGAAGAUAUCAAGGACGAAUUUGGCUCCAAGGAUCCGAAGAAAAUGACUGAUGAAGAGAAGCGAAAGAAUUUCCUUGAACGAAAUCGUGUUGCGGCCCUUAAAUGUCGUCAACGUAAAAAGCAGUGGCUUGCCAACUUACAAGCAAAAGUCGAAUUAUUCACUACAGAGAACGAUGCACUUACAGCAACUGUCACCCAACUUCGCGAAGAAAUUGUUAAUCUAAAGACACUCUUACUUGCUCAUAAAGACUGUCCCGUGUCCCAAGCUCAAGGUCUAGGCCCGUUGAUAAUGAAUGGCAUGGCAGCGGGCUUUGAUCCUCAUCCCUACAAUAUCGCAAACACUAUGGCCAUGCAACCUGGAGCAGCAAUUCCUGCCCAAGCCAUGCGCAGAUAA